AUGUCGACGCUCGUAGCAGACGCCGAUCCAGCGGCGGUGCAGUCGGUGACGACGGCUGGAAUCCGCGUCGUCGCGCCGCGGUGGGUGGGUGUGUCGCUGCCGAUCGGCCGCAAGCUCUUCUCUGGCGGGAAGCUGCCGCAGGGAGAAGUGGACGUGACCAUCGGGCGCGGGUUGCUCUUGCUCGGCUCCUUUGAGGAUGCGAGGGGCGCGGACGCUGGCGUCCACAGGAGGACUGCGCUGCCAUCGUACCAGUGGUGGAUCCAUCAGCUGGAGUCGGGCCGGCUCCCUGGCGUCGCCGCAAGCGACAAGGUCGGCCCCGACACGGUGCUUGUCGGCCGCUUCCACUACCACGAGCAAUCGAUCGCGGCACAGCCGCCUCUCGAGAUCGUGUUCGAGGACGAGCAUUUUGUCGUAGUCAACAAGCCCGCCGGCGUCGAUGUGCUCGCCAACCCGGACGCAGGGCGCGUGGCCAACUCGCUGACCGGGCUGCUCGCCGAGCACUUCUGCGCAGGCGGCGGCGGCGCAGCCUCCCCGCUGCCGCCGCUUCCGAAGCCGGCUCACCGGCUCGACGCGCCGGUGUCGGGUCUCGUGUGCUGCGGCCGCACCAGCGCCGACGUGAGGCGGCUGCAGCGGCAUAUCGCGGCGCGACGGGUGGAGAAGCGGUAUCUGGCGCGCGUGCGCUGCGUAGGGGGCAGAGCCGCGUUCCCGCCGCUGCCUCUGACGAUCGACGCCCCGCUCGCGUUUGAUAGCGGCCGGUGCUUCGAGCUCAUGUCGGGCGAGGCGAGGUGCCUCGGCGCGGUCGUCGGGAAAGGCGAGGGGAAGGAGGCGACGACCGUCGUCGAGGAGUGCUGGGGGUGGGUCGCCAGCGGCGGCGGCGGCGGGCGAAAAGGCGGCGGCGGCGACGAGACGGCGGUGGUCGUUCUGCGCAUUGUCACGGGGCGCAAGCACCAGAUCCGCUGCCAUCUGCAGCACGCCGGCCUACCAAUCGCGAACGACACGCGGUACGGCGGUGCGGAGGUGCACGCGCCGCCCUCCGCCUUCGGCCUGCCUGUUCCACCGCCCGCCCUCGCGCGGCUGCUGCGCGCCGGUUUCGUCGCUGGGUGCGAGGCCUGCGCUUUUGCGCGCGAUCUGCUCGCCGCUGCGGCCGAGGGGGGAGAGGCGGUGGGCGGUCCGAGGGUGUGCGGGGCGAUCUGGCUGCACUCGUGGAGGUACGCGUUCCCGGAGCUCGGGCUGAGGACGGCGACGGCGCUGAGUGUGACCAGCAUGGCGCUGGGCGAGCUUCCGCGCGCGGAGUUGCUGCGGGAGCCGACAGACAACCCGGAGAGGUAG